AUGGAGAGUUUCGCUCUCCGUUCUCUCUCAAUCUCCGCUUCUUCAUCAGCCUCAUUUCUCUCUCUCCGCCGCUCUCCUUCCAGAUCAUCGUUAUCUCUUCUUAAGCCUUCGUUUCCCGUUUACUCAUCCCCAACCGUCCGAUCACUCUCAGUCUCCUCCCCGCGAUUCACUCUACGCGCCACCGCCUCCUCCGCCUCUUCCUCUCCGCAGAAACAGAACAUACCUCAAUCUUCUUCGCCGCCGCCGCAAGGAGCUAAGCUGAUUCCUCUCGCAAUCUCCGUCUCAAUCGGUCUCAUCGUCCGAUUCUUAAUCCCUAAGCCAGAGCAAGUGACGUCGCAAGGAUGGCAAUUACUCUCAGUCUUCCUCUUCACGAUCUCAGGUCUCGUCCUCGGUCCGCUCCCUGUCGGUGCCUGGGCUUUCAUCGGCUUAACCGCUUCAAUCGUCACCAAAACGCUUUCCUUCUCAACCGCCUUCUCCGCGUUCACAAACGAGCUCAUCUGGCUAAUCGCGAUUUCCUUCUUCUUCGCCCGUGGGUUCAUCAAAACGGGCCUCGGCGACAGAAUCGCCACCUACUUCGUGAAAUGGCUCGGGAAAAGCACUCUUGGUCUCGCUUAUGGUCUCGCCUUCUGCGAAACGCUUAUGGGUUUGAUAAUGCCGUCUACGAUGGCUAGAGCCGGCGGGGUUUUCUUGCCGGUGAUCAAAUCUCUCUCUCUCUCCGCCGGUAGUAAACCCGGAGACCCUUCUUCCAGAAAAUUGGGUUCUUUUCUCAUUCAAACCCAAUUGCAGUGUUCAGGAACUUCUGGUGCGCUUCUACUGACAUCAGCGGCUCAAAACUUGUUAUGCUUAAAACUAGCGAGAGAAGUUGGUGUAGUACUCACGAAUCCAUGGGUCUCUUGGUUCAAAGCAGCGAGCGUUCCUGCGUUUGCCUCUCUUCUUUGUACACCGCUCAUCAUCUACAAGCUUUACCCUCCUGAGCUAAAACACACACCGGAAGCUCCAGCUGCAGCUGCCAAGAAACUAGAACGGUUAGGUCCCAUCACGAAAAACGAAUGGAUCAUGCUCGCGGCUAUGGCUUUCACUGUCUCUCUUUGGGUUUUCGGGGAAGCAAUAGGAAUAGCGAGUGUUGUAUCGGCGAUGAUCGGGCUAUCAACGCUACUGGUGUUAGGAGUCAUAAACUGGGACGACUGUCUAAGCGACAAAUCAGCUUGGGACUCGCUCACUUGGUUUGCGGUUUUGAUUGGAAUGGCCGGACAGCUGACGAACCUCGGUGUCGUUGCUUGGAUGUCAGAUUGUGUGGCCAAGCUGCUCCAGUCUCUCUGCCUGACUUGGCCACUUUCGUUCGUUAUUCUCCAGGCUUGUUAUCUUUCGAUCCAUUAUCUGUUCGCAAGCCAAACCGCUCACGCAGGAGCUCUCUAUACGGCCUUCUUGGCCAUGCAUAUCGCAGCUGGAGUCCCUGGGGUUUUAGCAGCGCUUUGCUUGGCUUUCAAUAACAAUCUCUCUGCUGCUAUGGCACAUUAUAGUAGUGGACCAGCUGCUUUAUACUAUGGAGCUGGAUAUGUUGAUCUCAAGGAUAUGUUUAGGCUCGGGUUCGUCAUGGCAUUUGUACAGGCACUCAUUUGGGGAUUUGUGGGAUCUUUCUGGUGGAAAUUCUUGGGUCUCUACUGA